UCCGAGGGUGCCAGUUAAUAAUAAAAGACGGAAUUUGUAAAAUGAUCUUAGAAAAACUGCGUUUAUAAAACGGGGAUGUCAAGGGUUGAGAAAAAAAGUCGCUCAAAAUUUUCUUUGUCUUGGGUAGCAAAAGAAUUCGGGUUAGUAUAAAAGCACCUUAAUAAAUUAUGCAUAAACCAACACUACAACUCACUGCACUUCGUGACGACAACGCUGUGCUCAAUUCAACUAAAGGCCGCUUUUGGUUCGUCGCUGUGCUGCUAACUCUUGGUCUCGCGUCUCAGUACAAUGGCCGAGAAACGAGGAUCUAAGAAGUACAUUCAUGAGCAUGAGGAUACCAUCGAGAUCCAAG